GAUUUCGAUUUACGCUGAAACUGCUGGCGAUAACAGCAAUAUCACAAAAAAGUAACCUUUUUCAUUUUCAAGACAAAACAUGUAAAAAAGAUGAGACUAGCAGAGUUGACAGCGACCAAGACGAGAAAAAGCACACGCAGCUCUGCAGAAGACAACCACGACGACGACGACGACGACGAGUGAGUGGAGCGGCAGGACAAGGAGUAGAGGUGGAGUAGAAAAUAACAGAUUAAAGUAAAACCACCAUGGACAUUGAGAAGAUAAUCGGUGACCUGGAGUCGAACAUAACGCUGGAGAACGAGGAGGCCAAGCGGAAGCUAGUGGAGCUGUUUACGCAGAACAAAGACCAGUGGGUGGUGCAGUUCAUGCUGGACUACUUCUAUAAAACCGGAUCUCAGCGCAUUCUGGAAGUGCUUGUCAAGGCUCAGGCACCGCACGAUGGCUACAUCUUCGAUCGGUUGGACGACUGCCUCAAACAGUCGCAGCAUCGGGUGCAGAGCCUCCAUAUCUUCUGUUUUGUUGUGCGCCACCAUCCCACCUGGCUGUACAAGAUCGAGAAGCACCGGCUCAUCAAGAGUGUUUUCAAGCUGCUCACGCACGAGAAGGAGAUAGUACCACUGAUGAGCGCUCUGCUGUGCAUUAUCACCCUCCUACCGAUCAUCCCGAAUUCGGUUCCCAACUUUCUUAACGACUUGUUUGAGGUAUUCGGUCAUCUGGCUUCGUGGAAGCUACAGAACACCAAUCGGUUGCCAGACGAAAAGCUGGUCCAUUUGCAGUUAGGCCUGCAGAUGCUGUUCCACCGCUUGUACGGCAUGUAUCCAUGCAGCUUCAUGGCCUACUUGGUGGAGUUUAUCAAACGGGGCAGCGGAGGCAGCAUCUUCCAGCACACGAUCAAGCCGCUGUUGGACACGGUUCGCGUACAUCCUAUGUUACUGACAGCCACACCGGAAACUGAGGUAAACAAUACGCGCUGGAAGGAGAUGGAGCCGCAUGAUGUGGUCAUGGAGUGCGCCAAUCUGUCCUUGCCCGUCCUGCUACCGGAGGCAAGCAACGGCGAUGACGGCGGCAGCUAUACGUAUCCGCUGACUCCCGGCUACAGUCGCAUGACCUCGACCACCUCGGCCAGCAAUACGGACUACAGCUAUCAGCUGAGAGACUUCCAGCACUCGAAGAACGACCGCUUCAAUUCGUCGGGUGGAGAACUGGGUCCGAUUUGGAGUCCGCACAACGAGAUCACCACUUCUAGCAGUGCCAUCCCUCUGACGCCCACCACAUCGUUUAUUUUACCCCUCCAGCCGUCGAUGAGCUCGCAGCUGAUGGUGGGCAUGACGGGCUCCUCGCCGCCCGAGGCAGCUGUGGAGGCCACGCCGGAGACAACGCCGCUGAAGGAUAUGAGGGAGCUGAAGCAUCCGCAUGGCCUGGUCAACUCUCAUGCGGUUAGGGCCAUCUUUACCACGAGUCAGCCGUCGUCACCCAUGCGCAAGGAUCAGCAGAAUCAGUUUAGUUUCCCCGACGUCAGCCGAGAGGCAGAGGAGGGCACCAGCAGCACGUUCCUGGAGGUCACCAGGGUAACAACGUACGAGCGGCGCCUCCAGCAGGUCAUCCAGGACAGGCACAACGUGGAGCGAGCGGCCAACGCUAACGCACCCUUUCCCAGUAGCCUGCCGGAAAUUAACUCUGAGCUCGGCGGAGGGUCGCCGGUGGUCGCUGCCGUGUGUGGCGAGUGCAACGAGACGGAUCGCAGCCUGUGCAGCGUGGGCGGACUCCACAUGCCUACCAGCCGAUCCAUGCACCAACUGGCCAAGGGACUGAAGCGCCGAAGCCGCAUGGCUAGCUACAGUGGAAAUGAGACUUGUGUCGACAUCGGCAGCAGCAGCACGGCAGCCAAGAAAGCUACCUGGAGUGUGGAAGCAGAGAACCCUAUCCGACGGGUCAAGUCCUGCUCAGCACUGGCAGGAUUGCAGCAGCAUAUGGAGGAAACCGACGAUGAUGAGGCAGAUUGCCUGGGUCAGAGGCAGAGGACUGAAAAUGGGAAGACGCAAAAGACUGGCAGCCGCCUACAGAGAAGCGGCCGAAUCCUGGCAAUAGCAGCACCCAAGGAGCCGCCCAGGAUCUUCACGCACGCCUCUACCCAGACGGUAGAUGCUGUGGCAAGCGCUCCGGCGCAGUACGAGAAUUGGCUGAUUGAGCUUCUGCUGGAGUGCAAGGAACAGCGGAACAGUUACGAGCGCAGCCUUCUGUACCCGCAGGACAUUCUGGACGAGUACAUCAAGCAUGCGGUCAAAGCAAAGGAGAGUUUUGACGCCGAGCAAGGACAACUGAUGUGCUUGCAGCUUGCAUACGAGAGCUACCGACGCUCAAUUCACGCCGAGCGCAAUCGCCGCCUCAUGGGUCGGAGCAGGGACAAGCGCAGCCUAGAGAUGGAAGCCGAUCGACUGAGGGAGCAGCUCAAAAACUUUGAUGCGAAGAACAAGGAUCUGGCCGGCAAGAUGGACCAGGCCAUGCGGCUGGCCAACGAGCGACAGAAUAGCCACCAGGAGGAAAUGGCCGAAAUGAGGGCCAAGUACCAGCACGAGCUGGAUGAGAAAAAGUGCCUGCGGCAGGCAAACGACGACCUGCAGACGCGCCUUACCACCGAGGUGGCUCGUCACAAGGAAAUGAACUACGAGCUGGAGUCGCUUCGCGGCCAAGUCUUCAGCCUGGGCACCGAAUUACAGCACGCCCAGCAGCAGGCUGACGUGGGACUGCAGUGCAAGCAAGAGCUGGCUCGCCUGGAGGCCGAGUUCAUUAUCAUGGGCGAGGUGCAGGUGCGUUGUCGCGACCGAUUGGCCGAGAUUGACAACUUCAGAGCCCGCGACGAGGAACUACAGAUGCUCCAAGAGAGCAGCCAUCUGGAACUAAAGGAUCUGAGGCACAGCCUGGACGAGAAGACAUCACAGCUGGAGAGCAUGAAGCACAAGAUCAGCGACCUGCAGAUCCAGCUGGCCAACAGCGAGAAGGCCAUGACGGAGCAGAAGCGACUGCUUAGCACUGUCAAGGAUGAGUACGAGGAAAAGUUCAAGUCUGUUAACAAGAAAUAUGACGUGCAGAAGAAGAUCAUCAUGCAGAUGGAGGAGAAGCUAAUGAUGAUGCUUCAGCAGCCACAUGGCGGAGUUGGCCACAACACCUGUUCCCCGGACACAGACAGAACUGACAUUGCCUCAUCCAUGGAGCGCAACUCCCCGUUAUCAACCUCGCUGGCCUCUAGCGAAAGUUUGUCGGCAAGUCUGCGUUCCACAGAGCUGAAGAACCUGCACCAGCUGGUGGACACGCCCUCGAUGCCGGAGGUGCUGAGCAGCAUGGCCGCCGGCACCCCCUUCGAGGACAGCGCGCGUUUGCCGGCCGUGGAUUUGGCCACCUCGGCCAGCACCGCCAGUGCCAUCAACAUUGUUCCGCACGCCCUGGAGCUGCCAUCCACUUCCCACACGCUCACCCACCCACAUCCGCAUCCUCAUCUCCACCUCCAGCAGCAGCAACAGGAGCAGCAGCAGCUGCAACAGUCAUCGCUGAACCAGGAGCAGCAGAUGCAGACGCAGGCGCAGUUUGUAAGAAAAAACUAGCUUUCCUUCGCUAAGCAAAUGUCUAAAUGGAAAAAUCCACGCAAAAAUCUGCAAAAAAAAACAAAAACAAAAAAAA